AUGGAAAUUGAUAAUUUGGCCAUGUCUAAUUGUAAAAUUGAUCAUACGUACAGCUUUAAUUUAACAAUCACAAACAGUGUACUGUUCUCAACAAUGAUCCGAUUAAGCAAUGACAAACAGAACAAAUUCAUUCCUGCAACCAUGCAAUAUUAUUUAAACAUAGAAGGAACGAAUUUUGAACAAGUAUCUUUGUAUUAUGGUAAUUGCGUAUUGGGCACUGUUUCAAGAAGCAGAUUUGUAGGCGAUUAUUCGAAUUUAUUUAUCAUUCAGAUUAAAGUUGAUGACGAAGAAGAGGAUUCUGAAAGUGGUGAAUUUGAAAGGGAGGCAACGUUAUUGAGCAGUCUUCGCCAUCCCAACAUUCUCACAUUUUAUGGAAUUUGUGCUCCCAACCCAAACCAAAAAUUCAUGGUUGUGGAAUACAUGAAAGGAGGAUCUCUGGAAAAAUUAAUCUCAAAUUGUAGAAAUGGAAAAGACAGCCUCGAUUUUCAAUCCAAAAUUAACAUUCUUCUUGGUGUUGCUAGAGGAAUGGUUUAUCUUCAUUCUCUCAAGCCAAGAAUGAUUGUUCAUAGAGAUCUGAAGCCAGGUAAUAUUCUGCUAGAUGAAAAUGGAGCAGUACGUGUUUGUGACUUUGGAUUGAGUCGAGUGGUUGGAACGAACACGGUUCAACAACGAACCAUGACCACAAAUAUUGGAACGUUAUUGUAUUGUGCUCCAGAAAACUUCUCUUCUGACUCAUCAAGCUAUGAGACCAUGUCAAAUUAUUCCCAAUCCACUGGGUCACUUCUUUCGAGCUUCAAUCAACGUACUUCUUGUUCGAUAUCCAAUAAUGACUUUUUUGGCUCUUCAAGCCCUUCUAGCUAUUUAUCCAAGGAGGAUCGAUUCAAGAACGCAAGCAAAAUUGAUGUCUAUAGCUUUGCAGUUAUCAUGUAUUCUCUGUUUUUUGAGGAAAGUCCAUUUUCCAAUGCCAAGAAACUGCAGCACUUUUCAGAGAAUGCGAAUACAGAGGAGGCAAAUACCCAUACUCUUAAUAUUCUAUCCUUUGUUUUGAGAGGAAGCCGGCCAAAAAUUCCAUUCGACUCUCCUGAACAAAUGAAAGAAUGGGUUUCAGAAUAUGUUUGUAAUAAGGAAAAAAGCGCUGAUGUGAUGAGUGACUCCUUAAUGAAUGCAAUAAGCAAAUAUAUGGAUCUCAUGAAGCAAUGUUGGCAUCAGUUGCCACGUGAAAGACCAUCUUUUGAUACUAUCGUUGUGGAACUCUAUGAAAUUCAAAGCAUGCUAUCGGUGAAGCAGUAA